ACCAUGUUCAAAUCACUUUGUAGGGGUCUUGCUACGUCCACGGGCUCGUCCGUGGCCAAGGCAGCCAAGAAGUCUGUGCCAAAGUUGCAAGACGUGGUAAUCAUCGGUGGAGGUCCCGCCGGGUUAUCCCUCUUGGCUGCUUUGAAGGCAUCUUCAGUGACAAGCCAUUUGAAGUGUACCCUUGUCGAAGGAUCAAGCUUAGAGCCUAUCCGGAAGUUUGGUCAGGACCCACCGGAGGAGUACACGAACCGUGUAGUCUCUCUCACCCCUAAGUCGGUCGAAUUCAUGCUGCUGAAGAUUGGUAGUUGGGAAUAUAUGAACCAAGAAAGAGUCAAAUUCUACGACAAUAUUGUCGCAUACGACUCGCAGGACCGUGCUGCAAGAAUUGCCUUCGAUGGGAGCUCCCUAGCCGAAGAUGGUGGCUUCUUGGCUGUCAUGGCGGAAAAUAUCAACAUUCAAAGUUCAUUGCUUCAAAGAAUUGAAGCUAUGGACCCGGAAGUCGCACCUCGGAUCUUGGAUAACACCAAGGUGGUGGACAUUCAAUCUCCAGAAGAAGGGUCCCCAGUCGAGGACUGGCCCAUUGUCAAGCUUUCCAACGGUGAAUCCAUCCAAACAAGACUUUUGGUGGGUGCUGAUGGAUACAAUUCCCCCGUGAGGAAGUACGCUCGUAUAGAGUCACGUGGGUGGAUGUACAACCGGUGGGGUGUAGUUGCUACAAUUAAGUUACAAUAUGAAGAUUAUAGAUCAAUUGCAUGGCAAAGAUUUCUCACCACGGGGCCCUUGGCCAUCUUACCGUUGACUGAAGAAAAUGCAACCAUUGUGUGGUCGUCUACCCCGGAACUUUCCGACAUUCUCAUCAAGACAAAUCCAGCCAUUUUCCCGGAAUUGGUAAAUGCCGCUCUCACUUUGGAUGAAGUGAGUCUUAACUUCAUCUAUGAGAAAUUGAGGGUUAACCCUGAUGAUAUGUCUGUGUUGGAAGAUAUUCAAUGGAGACAGACCAGAUUGAAAAUCACCGACCUUGAAGAAAAUUACCCCUUACCAGUGGUGGAAGUUAUUGAAGGAUCAAGAGCAAAAUUCCCACUUAAAUUGUCACAUGCAGACACUUAUACUGCCCCUCGUGUGGCUCUUGUUGGGGACGCUGCUCACACAGUACAUCCAUUAGCCGGUCAGGGGCUUAACAUGGGUCAAGGAGAUGUUGAACUGUUGGUUGGUGCCAUCGAAAAGGGUGUACUUCGUGGGAUGGAUAUUGGAUCUCCAUUGGUUUUGGAACCAUACACAAGUGACCAAUGGCCCGGAAAUCAUGCAUUGAUGGGUGUUUGCGAUAAGUUGCACAAAAUCUUCUCCACUGAUUGGGCACCAAUUGUAUUUGUCCGUGGGUUUGGAAUGAAAUCUUUGAACAUGUUUGAUUCUGUGAAAGAUUUGAUGAUUAAAAGUAUCAGUGGGAAGUUGUAAAUAAUGUCUUAUGAUAAAAUAAAUAGAA